AUGUCAUUUGGUUUUGACACAAAUUUGAUUGGGCAACGAGCGAUAAAUUUCCGCUGCCUGUUGGGCUAAGCUCUAUAUAAGGCUCUCACCAGCAAUUUUCAUUGUUACAUCGUUUCACGAGAGACUAACGGGUGAAAGGAUGCAGAACCACAGAUUUCAAGACACUUUCCCUCGGUCUUCUCCUUCCCAUUUCCUCUGGGAAAAAAUGCAUGGGCUCUUCUUUGUCCUGCUUACAUGCACAGUGGGUGCCUCUGCUUUCAGGCUCCAGCAAGGGAAAAGCACAGAAAACUGCCCAGAUCACAUCAUCUCUUUCCAACACUACUAUGAACUGCAUGGAGAACCUGUGGUUCUGAAAUGCCCUUCCCCCAGAUACAAACAUCUGGAUUUUUCUUCCUUGACCCAUAAUAUCACAUGGUACAAAAAUGAUUCAAAAACCAUGAUAUCAGGAAGAGGUGAAGAUCCAAGAAUCUGGGCAAAAGGAGAUGCACUCUGGUUUUUACCAGCAAGGCAAGAAGACUCAGGAGUGUAUGUCUGUACGAGAAGGAACAACUCCUACUGUGCCGAGGUGUCCAUCCACCUCACCGUUGUGGAGAAGACAGCUGCUCGAGACAUCGCUUAUAUGCAGGUCCUCUUCACUUUUACCUCUGGAAAGAUCGUUUGCCCUGACCUGUGGGAGUUUACAUCGAAUAUAACCAGUCUGGAGCUCAAGUGGUACAAGGAUGCCCUGCUUUUGGAAGACAACGGUGAAAAAUUUGUGUUUCUGAAAGGCUCGAAUUCCCUGAUCUUCACUUCUGUAUUGCCAACAGACUCUGGCUACUACACCUGCAAGAUGUCUUUCCCGUACGAAGGCGUAACGUACGAGAUCACCAGAACAAUCCAGCUGCAGACAGUGGAACAAGAAAAGAGAAUUACCCCCAUAAUCGUGUAUCCAACUCAAAAGACAACAUCAGCUGCUCUUGGCUCCAAGAUGACUCUCCCUUGUAAAGUAUUUGCUGGACUGAGCAGGCAUAUCGAUACUGACGUGGAAUGGUUAGCAAAUGACACCAUCAUUGAUGUGGUUUACAAGCAAAACAGAGUUACAGAGGGAGAACGACAAGAAACCACAGAAAAUGGUGAGAACUUCAUUGAAGUGCCACUGAUUUUUGAAUCUGUCGAAGAAGUGGAUUUUUAUACAGACUUUAAGUGUCUGGCACAGAACAGAUACGGAUCCCAAGUACUGCCAACAAGGGUCAAGCAGGAAGCUGUUGGCUUGUCCUGGUACAUUGCAGUGAUCCCAGUCGCAUUGGCCUGUGUCAUCUUAGGGGCGAUAUUUGUACACAAGUGCUGGAAGCAGAGAGCUGAUAAAGGAUACAUGAUGGCAAAGGUUUAAGAUCUGCUUUAUUCUCCAACUGCCAACAGUGAAAAAUUCAGCCUGGCUGACUUCCACGUGAGACACAGAGACAUGUUUCAGGCUAGACGUACUGCUUUCUCACCGGAUGGAUGUAUAUCAGCUUUUUUCUUCUUCAUGUCUUCCAUGAUCUGAAUAAAUUAGAAAUACAAGUUUGUGUAAAAUGCUGCCUAGAUGCAGGAAACUCACUUCUAUUAUUUUGCACCUAGGCUGUGGUUUGUAGCAUUUUGAAACAUGGUGUCCCAGGUACGUGCCCUUGUUAUGAGAAGAACGGUAAGAAAAAAGAGAUGGUCUCACCCUUUGUAAAUUCAAUAGCCUUAUCCUUUGAAAAAAGGCAAAACAAAACAACUAGAACCUGAAAAACAGAAACUAAGAAAGCUUGCUCCAGAAGAGCUAUUCCACGCCAGAGUGAUAAGAAUUUUCCUUGUGCACCCAAACUCAAUUUAUGUUUCUUCAGUCUACAAAACAGCUGUGUUUUUGUUUUUGUUUUUUUUUUUUCCAUUUUCCAGAUCCAAAUUCAGUUGUCAUGACAACGGUACUUCUAUGAUUCUAUGAACUUUUCCACAGAAAAUCUCUCUCUCUCUCUCUUUUUUUUUUUUUUUUUAACAACUUGGAUUAUUCCUUGCUUAAAUGAGUGCUUUCAGAAUAUUCCUCUCCAAGAGAUAACUACCUCAGCGUAACAGAUAAUUGUACACUGGAGAAUUUGUUUCUGUUUUUUCUACAAACAUCUCAUGGCUACAGAACUGUAGGCAGCUGUAACAUGUUGUUAUCUUUGCCAAGAAAAGGAUUUGGAGGAUGUUUUAAUGUUUUGAAAGUCAUUCGACUAGUACUAAUAAAAUUUUAUUCCUGGAAGUGAUUCAACAGAUUACCAGUAAUAAGGUACAGUCUUGCCCUUCUGUGCUUCUAACUUUUAUUGCUGGAUGUCUCCUUCUCUCUGAUAUAAGUAUGAAAGUCUGGAAUAGAUUCCUGUAAACAAUGAGUCUGCACCAGUCUCAGACUGGUGUAGGUUUGGGAACCACGUAUCCUCUGAAUUGAAGUAUGCAGUCUGAUUAAUCACGAUGCAGAAUGGUGCCUAUUUAGUUUCGUGUAACUGGAUUCAAGUCUUCACAUAAAACUGAAGGGAGCAAUAAAUAAAUAAGUAACCAUGCUGUACUUUGAGGAUCAAAAUGAGUAGAAUGCCUUGGUUACUUCCUCUUCCGAGCAGAUAGUGGAGAAAUAAUUCCAUCGUACAUGGUGCAUGUCUUCAUCUGUAUUGAAGGGGAAGAGAUCCAGUUUUAAGGUUUAGUUUGUUACAGAUCCAUAACUGACACCUCUCACAGACACUGAAGAAAAAGCUGUUUCUUUAGGAAAACCAGCCUGGAGGUUUUUUGAAAAAAUAAUCAGGAAAAAAAUAAUCAGGAAAAAUGUUGGCUCUAAAGAAACAACUUUGUAAAGUAAGAAUGUUAGAAUUGUGUGUAGUCCUGCAGACCAGAGAGAUGAACUUCUCUCAGACAUCUGGGAGAAGUCAUUGUCAAUCUCCUUUCCACCUCCACUUACAGCUGGUUCUGAAUUUAGCCCAAGAAAUAUUUGAAGAAUUUUAAAGACUAGGAUGUGGCUUGAAUUAGGAAACUCUUCAGGCUAUUAGCAAGAACCUUCACAACUUAUGAAAUUUAAGACAAAAUUUCCCUUUAUACAUUCUAAAUGUUCGCUGAAAAGAUACAGGAGUUGAAUUUCUGACAUGGUUUGUGUCAAUGGCAACCAGACAAGACAACAGGAAUUAUUGUUUCCAAGUGCAGGAUGCUAAAGACGACAAGAAAUGAUACAUAGAUUUUAUGGGCAGAUGCAAAAAUGUGGCUGAACGUGUCGAAAAAAGUCAGCCUACUUGGAUAUUUGUUCUUUGAAGGAAGAAAAAUGCUGAAUAUAGUUGGAAGGAACAUGAAAAAAGAGAAAGUUUUAGGUACAUCAGGAAUCCUGAUUUUUUUUUUUCUCCAGCAAUCGUUAUUCUAUAAAUAGAUAACAAAAUAGGUUUGACAAUAAGUAUAACCUUUCAAAAAUGUGGUUUGCUCUUUCCAUCCAUCUAUAUCCUCCCAGAGUAGCAUGAUAACACAUCUGGCUGUGGGAACAGGGUUGGAUUACACUAAGUAGUGGAAAAGAAGUAGAACGUUUUGUAUAUGGAGUAUUGAUGUCAAAAGAAAGUUAAAUACCUCAGAUCCUCCUCCACACUAGAGAAGGAGAAGGAAAUGUGAAUAUGAGAUAAAAAUUGGGCAUGCAGGGAGCUGCCCCUACAUACUCAAUGGUGUCUUGAAUACAAGGGGAAUGUAAAGAAACAAAGAUUUACUCUUUAAUGAAGUAAGUGAUACCCACUUUAACUAUUGGUACAGUAAUUUUCUGAAGGCUUUCAUGGUAUCUAGACUUGUUCAAAUAAACUACAGUAUGUACAUAUUUUACAGGUAGAUUUGUUCAAAUGAACUGCACGAUGUAAAUGUUUUACUUUGAUUUCGUUUUGUUAUAAGCAAGUGAAAUACAUUCUACAUUGUUCUUGUAAAUACUACAUAAAAAGAAAUAAAACAAACAAACAACACACACAAAAGAAA